AUGUUCCCAUUAUUAAAUGGUAGAAGUAAUUUUAAAAAAACAUCAAUUUACAAGAAAAAACAAUUAAAUAUAAAUAGUUAUAUUUAUAAAGAAAAUAUAACAAAUUCAAAAAGGCAAAUAAAAGAAAAUUUUCAAAAUAAAUUAUUAACAAGAAAAAAAUAUCAAGAUGAUUGCUUUUUACCAGAAAAUUUUAAUAUUAAAAAAAGUUUUAUUCUUCUAGAAAUUAAAGAUACAAAAUUAUUAAACAAAAUCAAAGAUCAAAUAAGGUUGUUGGCGGGGCGUUAUGUAACAAAUAAAGAUCUCAAUGAAAGUGAAAUUACUACCAUAUCUCUUAUAGUAACUGAUCACAAUAAAAUGAUAAGAAAUAUUGAAAAAAAGGAGGUUAAUAUAUGUUUACCGGGUGGAUUGUCAAAGAUUGGGGAUGUCAAUAGUAUACCAAUAUGCCCUGCUCAUUACUUUCAAAGUUAUCUUAAUACGGUUUUAAAGAAAAAUAAAGAUGAUUGUCAUCGGGUAUCUUCUAAUGUAAUAUUUUUGGUUAAUAAUUUUAUCAAAAUUCAACAUAAACAAAAUGUUGAGGGAAUAAAAUUUUAUCAAACUGAUAAUAUUGAUUGCUUUGUUAAAUUAAAUGUAUAUAAUAAUUUUUUGGUGUCAGCAUUCUCAAUAAAAACAAUAAAUAAUUUCAAAUAUAAAAAUAGGCAAAAAAAAUUUUUACAUUCUAAAGGUUAUUGCCAAUUUUGUAAGAUGAAAAUUUCAGAUAGAUUUAAUCAUUGUGAUGAUAAUAUUCAUAAAUAUAAUUUAAGAUUAAAAAAAAGUUUAUUUGAUGAAUUAGAUAAAGAAAUUGGUUAUUUUAAUGAAACUGUUAAUAAUGAUUUACAACUUAUUGUACCUUUUGAUAAAUAA